UAUAAAUGGAAAGGUUGGCAAUUUCCUCCCUCAAGUGACAAAAGACACUAGCUCUGCCAGAUCACAUGAUUUCGUUAUAUUUCUUGCGUAUUUAGAUGUCAACACUAUGGAUGUAUUAGCACCGCUUGCUAAAAAUGUUGGUAAAGAAUAUGAUUAUAAGAGGGUUGUUUAUCUAGGAAUUUCACUUUGGGGUUCUCUUGCUCAAGCUGAAGUUAGUCUUAUACACCUUGUUCACCUAGCUUCACAAAAGAUCCGCAAUUUUAGUAAGAAGAAUAAUGAUUAUCUUGCGAACCUUGCAUGUAUGGCUUGCUCCCUAUCUCUUGAGGUUUCUCCUCAAAUUGCUGAAGUAGAUAGCCUGAUAGCAUCCCAUAUAGUAACUGCAAUAGAAGUCUCACUUGAUCGUACAAGUAUUCUUUGUACAUAUCCUUUUGAUACUAUCCUUGCAUCUGGAGCACUUAAAGGUAUUAUUGAUGUUGGUUGGGAAAAUUGCUUGGACACACUGUUGGAAAUGUUUAGUCGUGGGGUUGUGAAAGUGGGAGAAAGAGGAGAACUUAUCAAUCGAAUCUUAUUUUCAAAAGCUUAUACAGAUGCUUCCUUGUUAUGCGAAGAAAUAGAUAGUCUUGAUAAGUUGCUUAAAAGAAUGGGUAUUGAUGAGGCAGAAAUUGGUUUUAACCAUUGGACAUCUUUUUUAGCUACCAAUCAAGAUUAUGUGAAAUCCAGGAGGAUGAAAUUUCUAUCAGAGAAUCUUAUCAUAGAAGCUUAUCACCGCCACACUGCUUUUAAAAUACCAUUAGCUUUCAUGUUAUUUAUCAUAUCAUUCCCUUCAAAUAUAAUGCCGGCUAUGGAUAUUUCUUCUUUAAUACAUCCAUUAAAUUCCUUUGGUGAAUGGAAGAAGGAUUAUAAGAUUCUAGGCAUCUACAUCGAUCUUGGCUUAGAUAGAGAGAAAGCGGUUGAACCAAAAGCAGAAUUAAAGAGUAUCAGAUCUUUCAAAUGUUAUGAUGAUGAAAUUAGCAAAAGACUGUCUAAAAUACUUUUCACUUAUCCUUGGUCACUUGAUACCCAAUGGAGUAAGUUUGAUGAAAAGACAGAUUUAGAAAGAGAGGAUGCGAUCAAAACUUUUUUAUCUCUUGACUUCAAACAGAAACAGUCUUUAGUUGAUAAAUGGCAGUUAAUAUAA